CCACUAAAGGCGAUCGGGAAAACUAACAGAGUGAGUCGUUGUUACGGAGUUUUUGAGUAUUUAAGCGGAGAAGAGAGAGUUCUUUCGAAACUCAACUUCUUUCUUUGCUUUGUGUUUUGAUCAGAUAAGUACACACUUCUGUUAAAGUUUUUUUUUGUAAAUAAUAAAUAAAUAACAAACCCCGGCCUUCAAAGAUGGGAUUCGACAGAGAACUGGAGAUGGGGGAUUACCGAGGCGAGGGGGGUAAGGCGGCGGCCGAUAAGGCAGAUAUCGAUGCUUGGCUUCCGGUAGGCUCCGAACGUACUGGGACGUGGUGGUAUUCCACCUUCCACAAUGUCACCGCCAUGGUCGGCGCCGGUGUUCUUAGCCUCCCUUACGCCAUGUCCGAGAUGGGAUGGGGUCCUGGAGUGGCAAUGAUGGUGCUAUCAUGGGCGAUAACACUAUACACGCUGUACCAGAUGGUGGAGAUGCACGAAUGCGUGCCGGGGAGGAGAUUCGACAGGUACUACGAGCUAGGUCAGUACGCGUUCGGGGAGAGGCUCGGCCUCUUCAUCGUGGUGCCCCAACAGGCUCUCGUCGAGAUCAGUCUCUGCAUCAUAUACAUGGUCACCGGCGGCUCCUCAAUCCAGAAAGUCCACGAGCUCCUCUGCCACGGUUGCAAGCCCAUCAAGCUCUCCUACUUCAUCCUCAUGUUCUCCAGCGUCCAAUUCGUGGUCGCCUACCUGCCCAACUUAAGCUCGGUCGGCCUCGUCUCCCUAACCGCGGCCGUCAUGUCCGUCUCCUACUCCACCAUCGCCUGGGGGUCGGCCCUGCACAAGUGGAUCGAGUCGUCCGUGGUGGACUACGGGCCGAGGGGCACGAAGAAGGUCGAUAAUGUGUUCAUGUUCAUGAGCGCGUUGGGGGACAUGGCGUUUUCUUAUGCGGGUCAUAACGUGGUCUUGGAGAUCCAGGCCACCAUCCCAUCCACCCCGGAAAACCCUUCCAAGAAGGCCAUGUGGAAAGGCGUGGUUAUUGCUUAUAUAGUCGUGGCUAUGUGCUAUUGGCCCGUUGCCUUCAUUGGCUACCUCGCCCUGGGUAACAAAGUCGAUGACAACAUCCUUCUCACCCUCGAAAAGCCCGUUUGGCUCAUCGCUGCUGCUAACAUUUUUGUGGUUAUCCAUGUUGUUGGAAGCUACCAGGUUUACGCCAUGCUUAUGUUUGAUAUGAUUGAAACAUAUGCUGUCAAGACCUUGAAAUUCAAGCCUACCAUGACUCUUCGAGUCACAACUAGGAGCCUAUUUGUUGCGUUCACACUCUUUGUGGGCAUAUCAGUGCCUUUCUUUGGCGGUCUACUCGGAUUUUUUGGUGGCUUUGCUUUCGCUCCAACCACAUACUUUAUUCCUUGCAUCAUGUGGCUUAUUAUUAAGAAACCUAAAAGAUUUGGAGUUUCUUGGUUCCUAAAUUGGUUAUUCAUCUUCAUUGGUGUUUCAUUGACGAUUUUCGCUCCAAUUGGUGGAUUGUACAGUAUCGUUAAAUCUGCCAAGACUUAUCACUUCUACCAAUGAUGUGAUGAUAUAUCUCCAACUCCUCAAACUAUUUUAUAGCCCGGUUACUUCGGAAAGAUCACAACGGCAAACAUACAGAUCAGAGGGUGUUUAUAGUCCUCUAUAACAUUACUAAAAUUGUCUUGGUGGCUUUAUAUUUUCCCGGGACUUAGUAAGGAAAUAAAUUUUAUAUAUGAUGCAGCGGACCCCACUGUUCCUAUUUGAGAACGAGAUAGGUGGAAGGCUAUGUUAGUCAUUAUAUUUUUCAUUCUCCUUUAUACUAUCUAAUAUAUAUAUCUUGUGUGUUUUCUGUAUGAGUGUAUGACCUUUCCCAUGUGAUGGUAAUAAAAUAAUAAAUACUCAUUCUCAA